GUGCGCGACCACCCAAUUUAAAACACACACACACUCACACAAACUGAAUUGGAAACACUGACACGGGUGAGGAGGCAGCACAGCAUGGACGCGUCGACGAGCUCCAGCCAAUCAGAGUGCAUCUCCAGCCAGCCCGUGGCCAACACACCACGCCCACUGCAAUGUGCAGACGAGGCCCCGCCCCUUCGCUCUGUUACAGCAAAGGACAAAGACUCAUCGGUGGCCCCUCCCCCUGGGUGCGCCUCCAAGCAUCCACUUCCUGUUUCAUCCACAAGCACUCGCCAUCCCCAUCACCAGCAUCUCUCCCCCAAUAAUAGCUCCGCCUCCUUCAAGGUGGACGCCGCCCACAUCAAAGAAGUAGCAGGAGAUGACUGCUGCGUUCACUGUCUGCUGGCGUGCUUGUUCUGCGAGCUGCUGUCCAUGUGCUCGGCCGUGGGGGCGUGUCUACCGUGCACAGGGGGUGUGGCCUGCUGCUGCGCCGCCGCCAACGACUGCUGCCGCUGCUGCUGCGUGGAGGCGUGUCAGUCGUCGUGGGACUGCGGGAUGCUGGGGGAAUGCUGCAACUCGGCCGACUGCUUGGAGAUUUGUCUGGAAUGUUGCUCCAUCUGCUUCCCAUCUUAGGUAGACAUCAUCACCACGUCGGCCAUGUUUGCAGGACCUCCAUGUGUGUGAUUGACAGCACAGGAAGAGGCGGGGCUAGGACAAAAAGUGCGCGUCAGAGGAAGGGAGCUCCAGACAGGAAGCGAGUUGUUGCCGCCCCCUGCUGGCGAGUAAUUGUAAAAACGUUCCACUAAAUCAAUUGUAAACACUUUAUUUCUAUAUAAAAGUUAUAUAUUUG